UGCGCUGUUUCUAUUCCCGAGAGGGUGUGCAUUGCUUGACAUGCGCGUGUUUGCCUCCCCCCCCAUUUUUAACCCUUCAGGGGGCGGGACCUUGCUGAUAAGUUGUUAAGAACCGGUACUUCUCCUUCCGCAGAGAGUGUGCCCACCUGUGGCUGGGCAAGAGCCGGGCCUGAGUGGGAGAGAGGGACGCGGUCUGGCAACUACGGAGAUGUCUAAUGUGAUGAGGCACAAACAGAUUCCGGGACUGAAGAAUUUCCCUUGUUCUAUUAAGUCACAAAGUCAACCGUCAGUGAGCUCAUUUGGAGGUGAAAUGUGUUGCCAGGCUACACCAGCCCUCUUUUCAGUGAAGCCAAUCCAGCAUAAACCAGACAUUAUAGAGAUGGUCAGCAGCCAGCCUCUUCCUAUAUCUGACAAUGGCAGAAGAAAAAAGAAAAAAAGAACUAGAGCUACAGACCAUUUCCCUGGAAAGUUUGAAGAUUUGUAUAAACUCACUGCAGAGUUGCUUGGUGAGGGAUCAUAUGCCAAGGUUCAGGGAGCGGUUUGCUUGCAAAAUGGGAAGGAAUAUGCAGUUAAAAUAAUUGAAAAAAAUGCUGGUCAUAGCCGUAGUCGAGUGUUUCGGGAAGUGGAGACAUUGUAUCAGUGUCAGGGUAACAAGAACAUUUUGGAAUUAAUAGAAUUUUUUGAGGAUAAUGCAAGGUACUACCUUGUCUUUGAAAAACUGCAUGGAGGUUCUAUCCUGGCCCACAUACAAAAGCAAAAACACUUUAAUGAGAGAGAAGCCAGCAGGGUGGUGAGAGACAUUGCCUGUGCUCUGGAUUUUCUGCACACAAAAGGUAUUGCUCAUCGAGACCUAAAACCUGAGAACAUACUGUGUGAAUCUCCCAGUAAGGUCUCACCAGUGAGAAUUUGUGACUUUGACCUUGGAAGUGGAGUAAAACUCAACAGUGCAUGUACUCCAAUCACUACUCCUGAGUUGACUACUCCAUGUGGUUCUGCAGAGUAUAUGGCCCCCGAGGUGGUGGAAGUCUUCACAGAAGAAGCCACAUUCUAUGACAAGCGAUGUGAUUUGUGGAGCUUGGGUGUGAUUUUGUAUAUCAUGCUAAGUGGCUAUCCACCUUUUGUGGGGAACUGUGGCACAGACUGUGGAUGGGACAGAGGAGAAGUCUGCAAAACUUGUCAGAGCAAGCUGUUUGAGAGUAUCCAGGAAGGCAAGUAUGAGUUUCCUGAAAAGGACUGGUCUCAUAUCUCCAGUGAUGCCAAGGACCUCAUCUCAAAGUUGCUAGUCCGGGAUGCCAAAGAGAGGCUCAGUGCUGCUCAGGUUCUGCAGCAUCCAUGGGUACAAGGGCAUGCUUCUGAAAGGGGACUGCCUACACCACAGGUUCUCCAAAGGAACAGCAGCACAAAAGAGCUGACUCUCUUUGCAGCUGAAGCUAUUGCCCUAAACCGCCAGCUCUCCCAACAUGAGAAUCAUCUCAGUGAAGGGCAAGAAAGUAUCAGUCAGGCCAUUUGCUCCAUGAAGCUUUCUCCCCCUUCCAAAUCCCGCCUUGCCAAACGCAGAGCCAUGGCUCAGGCCAUGAAAAGCAGUGACUUCCAGCCAGCCCCUCAUUCAGCCCUUUGAUGCACAUUUCCCAUUUGCCAGAGUUGGGGUCAGCUGCUGCUUAAUUGUUUUUAAAAACUCAUGGGUACAUCGGUGUUUUUAAAAGACUUUUUAGAACAUAGCUUGUGAUGAAGGGAUUUGAAGGACAAUUUCCGUGGGAAUUUUUUUGUAAUUGAUAAACGUGUUGAAUUGUAUGAUGUUCUUAAGUAACACUGCUGCUGUUUUACUAACACAGCAAAUCACUAAGGCAAUGUUUGCACACAGUGUUCUCUAAUCAGAGGCUAAACCACUGCCAGCAGCCCUGUGACUAGUAGAACUAUGACUCACAGGCUCCUGACCUUGCAAUAGUUACACAACUCCAGGUUUUACCUGCAGUCACCAAAUCAUUUUGGUGACCAUCUUUCAGGAAGCUUUGAUCAUCUGCGUUUUUUAGCUUUCUGUAUCCACUGUAAGUUCUGAAAUGUGCAAAUUUCCUCGUUAUCUUUGGUCACUUACUGUAUUACCCUUUAUUCAUUAGGGGCCUUAACUUGCCUGAAUGUUUGUACAUGUGACUUUAGAAUGUCAGAAGCAUGUCUAUUUAGUGCAGAGAUGAUCUCAUCAGAAUUGGCCUAUUUCCAUCCCCAUCCCCAAAUUAUGUUGCCACUGUUAGAGAUCAAAUCUUAAAAACUGUUGGCAAAAAUGAAUUUUGAAAUCAGUCUUCAGAAUGUAACGCUUAGUAAGACCUUCCUUUUUCUCUUUUUGCUGAAAUUGCCAAAUGAUCUACUUAUGGAAUCUGCUUUUAAUUGCUUGAAGCGUUUUGGCUCAAUUCUUUAUAAAGCAUUCCUCUAAGAAGUGUACCUUCUCACUAUGAUGGACAGAGAAAUGAUCAAAACAUUACUGCCCCUAUGUGAGCACCACUGGAAAGUUCUUCUUAUGGCAGUGGUCUACACAGAAAUGGAAAUACCUGAAAGCUUUUUGUUGUGUGCAUCCAUCUAAAUGACAUGCAGCACUGAAAGUGCAAGGACAGUGUGGGCUGUUCUGUGUGUUUGGAUAGCUGUCAGCAGUGGUGUCAGAGCUUUUAUGUGGAGUGCCACCGCAAGGAAAAAGCUUUCUUCAUGGUGCUCACGUCAUGACAGUAAUUUGGACUGGAUGUGAUUUGGGGAGUGAUGAGUUAUUCCCCCAGUUCCUUGCUUAGAUACUUCCUCUGGUUUGGUAUACUAAUCCCAUUGUUUGCUGAAAAUAAGGAUUAUGUUGUAGCAUGCACAAAUUUUAAACAUGGUCACCUUGCAUUUUUGUAGAAUUUUGCUCACCAUCUCUAACAACCCGAUGAGCACUUAAGUGUCUGCUGUCUUGACAGCUGUCCUCCAGGUUAAACACAAAAUUUCUAAGUGCAAUUCUGGUGAAUAGUCUUUUCAGUAAGCAGAAGGAUAUACCAUUGAGAUGAGUAAACCAACAUGAGGCUGCCUUUGAUUUGGGUAACUAGGGGAGGUGCUUGCUGCUGAGAUAUACAUUCCAUACUCUGCUUUAUAUAGAGACAUGAAAUUGAAGAUGGAGGAGAGUCUACAGUGUUGGUAUAUCCCAGUUUUCUAACAAACACACUUUCUUAUGAUCAGCUGUGACUUUUUGCUCAGCUAUUGCUUUGUCUACAUCCCUUAUUUUCUCAGACAAGAGAAUUAGAUUAGUCUUGGAUCAUGUCUCCAUUGCAAUGUGUUUUUGAGUGGGUUAAUGGCAAGACAACUGACAGGAGUUACAUCAAAUUGUUUUUAAAUUAAGCAUACCAUCGUGGAUUAACUUGGUGGUUUGAAAAUCACCUGUGGUUCCACAGUAGUCUAUUUUAAAACAAAACUGGUGACUUCAUCUUGAGUGUCUUAGGAAGUCUUGCUUUAUUGGAAGUAGUAAAGUUGUUCACCUGAAGAAAUUCAAGUUCCUUUUUAUUCAAAUAGGAUAUUUGAAUUUGCUGUAGGUCUUGAAAAUUUAGGCCAGUGAAAUGUGAAAAGUGUGAGGAAUCUAAUUUUUAAAAGAUCAGUGUUAAUGUUGAAGGAGCAGGAGAUGGAACAAAGCCAACAAGCUUAGAAGGAUCUGAAUUGAGGUUCUCCUAACUCAGCCUGCCUGCCUUCACAUUUUGCCUUUGAACACAAGUUACAUAUAUUUAUAAAGUUGUAUUAUUAUAAGACCAUACUGGUGAUUAAUAUGAAGAAUGGCUACACUUAAAGGUAUUUUAUGCAUUGUACCAUUAGUGAAGAUUAUUAAUUAUACUAUUAUAUACUGUGGUUUUUAAACAUACUUUAAGCUGUUACAGUUGAAAUGUAUUCCAUAGUUAAUGGUUUUUAAAAAGCAUUGGAAAACUCAGGAAGAAAUCUCCCUAUCUAUGUGACACAUUUAUUAAUAUUGUGUACUGAGAAUUAAACUUACCUCAUCUCUAA